AUGUCAAUUUCAUUAAAAUUAACUAUUGCAAUUCUUUUCGUUUUCAUUGGUUUGGUUUUUGCUGAAGGAUCAUCAUCAAGUAACAACCUCAUUGCCAACAGUUUAAUGGUUGCUACCUUUGCUGGUAUCUGUGGAUCAUUCAUCAAGACAUUGGCUCCAAGAUUCAUUUUCAGUCUUUUGCCAUACCACUCUGUUUCAUGUUAA